AGUCGUGUUCUUUUUCUCUGAAAUUUGUUGUUUUAAAGUGAUGUAUUUUAAACACUGUAAGAACCGUUACCUUCACACUUGCCACCACACGAUGGGGUUUUCCAGCACUAGAGACUGCCUAUCGUCUAUCGGCCCAGCUGUCUCCACGAAUUCUUGGUUUGUUUACAAACUUUUCACUUUGUUUGGAUUUUUAUGUGCUCUGGAAACGGUGUGGCCGAUGCAGGAUGCUGAGACACUGCCUCGCUAACGUGGACUAUGCCCGGCUGCACGCCCAGCAGCAGCUGCGUCCCAAAUGCGGCGAGAUCUUCUACGAGAAGGAGGCAAACUCCUUUCAGCUGAACUGUCUGCUCUGCGAGAUGAAACACUUCGCAUUCGAGGACUUUGGUCGGCACAUUCGGAACGUGCACUUCGACAAGCAGGGCAGGCCGCUCACGGAGACGUUUACGGUGACAGCCGCCGCCGAGCCCUUUCCGACGAGCAUCACAACCAUUUCAGAGCCGUAUCUGGACUUGCCGUGGAAGGAGGAGGGCCUAGAUGUCGAAGCAGAGCCAGAAGGGGACGAGGUCAAUCCGCUGCGCAUUCUGCCAGUAGAUGACCACCUGACGGACGUCGACGAAACGAAAGAUUCCCCGCCUUGGCACCCAGAUCGCCAGGAUUUCUCUGACGAUUUUGAAAGCGACAAUGGGGAUCUGGGUGAGGAGACAGAGCUAAAGAAUGUUUGUGGCGACCUAAAAGAAGAGGAGGAGGAGGACCAGCAAUCAGUAUUUAAGCAGAAACAACGCCAACCAAAGGACUAUAACUGCCCGCACUGUGAUCGCAAGUACACCACUCAGAGAUACCUUAACACGCACGUCAAGAUGAGCCAUCCGCAUCCGCAGGCCUUCAAGUGCGAGGACUGUGCGGCCACUUUCGAUUCGGACCGGGCGCUGGUCCAGCACCGGCGCAAGGCACACACGGAAUUCGGCUGCCAGAUGUGCGAUAAGGUGUUCAAGAGCUCUCGCUCCUUGCUUCGCCACGUCCAGGGCCAUUCCGGCGUGCGGCAGUUCAAGUGCGAAUAUGAAAACUGCGGCAAGUCCUUUGUGAACCAGCACAAUCUCACCUCUCACCGCCGCGUCCACAGCGAGGAGCGUAAUUAUGUGUGCGAGUUGUGCGGCUAUCGGUCCCGCUACCGUGAGGCCCUCAUCGUCCACCGACGCACCCAUACCGGCGAAAAGCCAUUCCAGUGCCAGACCUGCGACCGGUGCUUCGCCUCCAAGUCGCUGCUCAACGAGCACCAGGCCAUGCACUCCACGGAAAAGCCCUUCAAAUGUGACAAAUGCGAGGCGGCCUUUUCACGCUCCAAGGCUCUGUAUCAUCACAAGCACCUCCACCUGGGCGUCAAAAAGUUCAAGUGCAAGGUCUGCGGCAAUGCCUACGCCCAAGCGGCGGGUCUCUCUGCUCACAUGCGGGUCCACAAGCUACAGGCGGAUGCAGCCAGCGAUGCAAUAACGACAGCAGCGUCGGCUGCUCCCAUGGAGCUGCUGUUCACCUUCUGACCAGUUUGCAGAGGCCAUGACAUCAAUUAGAUGACCUGUACAUAUGGUAUUUAAACUCACAGUUGCCACAAAAAUUACCAACGUAUAGUGUUAAUUUGUAAAUUAGUUCGAAACAUCGUGAAAAGCAGAAUAUUUUACUGGAUUCCUGAAGAAUUAUGUCAUUGUAUCAUAAGUUAUCACCGUCUUAGUCCCGGAAAAUGUAGUCAAAGUAGCAGGAAUAGUCUAUCUAUAGAUAUCCUUUGAAGUUAUUGUUCUUUAAGUACGCACAUCACUAUGUAUAUAUAUACUGUAGAGCGAUUAUACUAACUCUAGGCUUAAUCCCACUCAAGUACAAUAAAACCUGAAGGAUUGUCACCGUAACAGCAGAGUAAACUAA